UUUGUAUAUUUGAGAAUGUCUAUCGAAAUGAGAAAAUUUACAAAACUGAUUGACAAUUAUGGUAGAAUUCAUGAUUAUUUACGUAUAUCAUUAACGGGAAAAUGUAAUUUAAAUUGUAAGUUCAAAUAAAUUGGCAUUUACUACUUAUUUUUUUUUUACAAAAAACAAACAAAAACAAAACCCAAUUAGGUUCAUAUUGUAUGCCAAAUAAAUCAUUUCGAAAUAAUAAUCAAAUCAUAUUAUCCAAUAUAAUAACAUCUAAUGAAAUAUUAUUUCUUGCUAAUUAUUUUUGUUAUCGUGGUAUAAGAAAAAUUCGUUUAACCGGUGGUGAACCAUUAUUACGAUCCGAUCUACAACAAAUUAUAAAAGAUUUAAAUGAAUUAAAAUGUCAACAUAAACAUUUCAAUGAAAUAGCAAUGACUACAAAUGGAGUGAAAUUUAAGAAAUAUGCUGGAAAUUUAUUAUUAGCUGGAUUAAAUUCAGUGAAUAUCAGUUUAGAUAGUUUAAAAUCUGAAAGAACUUUGAAAUUAACAGGACAAUCUACAUUUAAACAUUCAAUGGCAGCUAUAAUUAAAGCGAUUGAAGUGGGAUUUAAAAGUGUCAAGGUUAAUUGCGUAGUUAUGAAAAAUUUCAAUGAAGAUGAAUUAUGCGAUUUUGUUGAACUGACACGGUAUUUACCUAUUGAAGUACGAUUCAUUGAAUAUAUGCCAUUUUCUGGUAACAAUUGGGAACUAUCAAAAUUAUUCUCAUAUAAACAAAUGUUAAAUAUUAUACAAAAUUCUUAUCCAAAUUUAAUUUGUUUAAAUGAAAAAUCAUUUGAUGUAACAAAACUUUUUCAAGUAUCAGGAUGGUUAGGUAAGAUUGGUUUCAUCACUUCAAUGACUGAGAAUUUUUGUGCUGGAUGUUCACGUUUACGUAUUACAGCUGAUGGAAAUCUUAAAAUUUGUUUACAUGAUAAUUAUGAAGUGAGUUUAGUGGAAAUAUUACGCAACAAAAUGAAUUCACAUGUAAUUGAUGAUUGGUUUGCUGAUAAGCCUAGUUAUAAUUUAAAACAAUCUAAGCAAUUAAAUGAAAUCUAUGAUCAACUUGAUGAGAUUGUCGAUCAAGCUUUAACUAAAAAGUCUUCUAGUCACAAAGGUAAAUGUAGUUUUAAACAACAACGUUUCACUAUUAAUUUGGACAUUAUUUUUAGUCCGUCCGUUUUUUUAAAUUCUGGCAAUAAGAUAAACUAGAAGAAAGCGAUAAAUCUAAUUAUGACACACGAUUUAGUUCAUUGGAUUUUUCUGUAAUUCUUCUGAAUUGAUAUCUGAUCAUCCACCAAGUAGAUAUAAUACCAUGAGAAUUGUAAAGCAGGAGAUCUCUAUAAUCUGAACUACAAACACCCUGAUUACCGUAAUUCAUUGUAUGAUAAUAUUGAAAACCUUGUCUUGAAAAUGUCAAGUUAAGAUGAUCAAAUGAAAACGCUAUGAACGAUAAAACGAUUUGAGAUGGAAAGUUUACUAAACAUCUCAAAUAAUUUAUGACAUAUUAAGUUGUAGAAUGUAAUUAAGUGAUUGCUUUCGCUUAUGCUAGACAGCUCGGAAUCAACUAGACGAUUUGGACUAUGCAGUUGACUUGGCCCUUCUAUCCCCAACACACCAACAUAUUCUGAUGAAGACAAAUAGUGCAGAAGUAGGCCUCAAUAUACAACAAGGAAAAAAGGGUGAUCCUCAAAUGCAACACAGAUAACAAUAAACCAAUCACACUUGAUGGAGAAACUCUGAAAGAGGUGGAAACUUUCACGUACCUGGGAAGCAUCAUCGGUGAACAAGGAAGAUCGGUUGCAGACAGAAGUGUAAGAAUUGGCAAAGUAUAGACUUUAUUCCUACAAUCGAGAAAAAUAUGGAACUGAAAACAACUGUCAACCAUCAAGACAGUCCUAAUGUAUGGACCUCGAUCCAAUCGUCUAACCAAUCAACAUUGUGGUCUACAGGACAAACUAUGAAACAUAUAUGAAGAAAUUCGAACGCUUCACUUAUAUCUGAAGUUUGUGCUGAUGAUAUCGUUCAGAAGAACGAUGUAAGCUCCGCGAUCAAACCGUCCAGCUCAGAGAACAAGAUUCUAUCCAAAUCAUCCACCUGAGCUAAAAAUCUCCAUUCAAACUUGAUAUUCGCUUAAAUAACACAAAGUAAUCGCUUUAUUUUACUAAAUUAUCCCCUACAUUAAAAGACUAAUCCUAUUUUUUUCCCUUCAUGGAACUAAAAUACUAUUUACAUUGAUUAUAAAGUUGAAUAAACCAUUUUACUAAGUUAACUGUAAUUUAUUGAUUUAAUGACUAUUAUAAUUUUAUUUUCACUUAUUUAAUUUAUUUGUAAAUUUUCUUUAAAAAAAAGUUGGCUAUUUCUUCUAUUCUAUUUUUAAAUGAACUAUAGGUGCUAUUCAACUUGCAUCAAG